CGGAAAAACGAAGACUGUUAGCUAUUUUUAGCACAAACAAGGCUGAAGGCUGACUGGGCUGCAUGUCAAUGGAGACUCGCUUAAAAACAUCAACGGGAGAGAAGGAAUUGCAUCCACCUCCAGCACCCAGUAGAUUAGUGUCUAACAGCAUGUCCCUGCCAUCCUAUAAAGACUAUCCAGCUCACCGUCCCUUCAUCAACACGCUCGUGCAUCAUACACCCCAAACACGCACUCCGUAUCGUCCAGCAUCACCCAGCAAAGCUUUCCCAGAAACCAGCAGUGCAGCGAUCCUAUCUGCUUUGAGGAACCUCCAAGAGAAGAUCAGGAGGUUGGAGUUGGAGAAUGAGCGCACAGAGCUCAGUCUGCGUACUGCAGGGAAAGAUACUUCACACACACUUCUCCAGAAAGAUGCACAGAGACGCUUAAAUGAUCAGAAAGCUGCAGAAACAAAGACUAAUGGCCGAUCCACCUGCAACCAAGUGUUGAUCACCCACCUGGCUGCUGCAGAGUCCCGCUGUGAGAAGCUGGAGCAACAGUUGGACCACAUGAGAAGGAUGUUGCGUAGUACCAGAGCAGAAAAGCCUGACCACCACAAUUAUCAGGUUUUUACGGAGAGAGCCGGUGCAGCUGAUAAACAGCCUAGUGCAGUUCCUGAGCAUGCUCACAUGGAAAAACUGAAGCGACUUGAACAGGAAUAUCUCAGGAUGAAUCGUACACAGACGACUGCAGAGGGGAAGAUUUGUGAGUUGGAGAAGAGGCUACAAGAAGAGGAGCAUCAGAGAAAGCUCAUUCAGGAUAAAGCCAGCCAGCUAGAAACUGGUUUGGAGGCCAACAGGAUCUUGCUGCGGUCCGUGUCUCCACGUCUGUCCAUCAGACGACCUAAAGAGAAGAAUCCUGAUUCGGAGAAAUGUUUUUCAGAGCAGUUGUCCCAAACAGAACCACACUACAGACUGAGCCUGAGAGAUGUCCCUUUUGUUACUGGCACGUCAGUCGGCUGCAGCCACUCAGUCAGAGCUAACGUUCAGGCCGUGCUCUCGCUCCUGAAAUGUCAUCAACCCUGCCUCUGCAACAGCCGUGUCCUCGCUCGCAAAGCAAACCACCCUGAGAAAGGCAGCCACGGCCAAUCAGACGGCUCCUCCUCCUCUUCAUCUGUUAACGGAGAGGACUUAUCGGAGCUUCUGCAAGCCUUGCAGGAGGAGCUGCAUCUCAUGAGUUUGGAGCACGAUGAGUUGAUGAGGCAGGUGGAGAACAGUGUCUCUACGGAGGAAAGAAAAGACCUUCAGAGGGAGCAGGAGAGGCUGUUACUGAAAAUGGAGAGGAAAGGAGAACAGAUCAGCAAACUCCACAAAUAUAAAUUGCAGAUCAUGAAGAUGAGAAAGGAAGCUAAAUCCAGACAGAACAGUGGGAGCAAAGGACGAGUUUCCACCAGAAGUCGCUCUGCAAGAUCUCUCAAAGUUCAGCCUGGAGAGAGGAGUAAGAGGAACCUGAGGCUGCUGAGGGACAUGAAGGCUCUGCAGGCCUCGUUACAGACCUGAAACAC